AAAAAAUGGUGGAAGUCGAAACGAGUGUUCCUCCUUUACCGCCUCGGUAUCGCUUCCGAGACCUGAUAUGGGGCGACCAUGCCAUGGUAGAUGACGACAGAGUGCAGAUAGAGUUCUUCACGAAUGAGAAGUCACUGAAACAAAGGCUACAACUUUAUUUUGUCAAGAACCAAAGAUCAAGUUUACGAAUUAGAAUCUUCAACCUUAUAAUCAAGCUGCUAACAUGUGUCCUUUAUGUAGUGAGAGUCUACACGGACGAAUGCGAGAAAGAUAUGAAGUCAUGCUUCAACCAUACUGCAAAAUCACUAUCAGAGUUCAGGGAGAAUCCACAUAUCAAUUGGGAAAUGAUGUUGUGGGUGAAAAGGGACAUGGCCCUGUGGAUCACCCAGGUGACAGUCGCCUGUAUAAGCCUGGCUGAGACACUUCUGGUGACAUAUCUAGGAUAUAAGGGAAAUAUCCUUCAACAAAUUCUCUCAUUUGGCUUUAUCCUUGAGCUCAUCAACACAGUUCCUUUUAUUAUAACGAUAUUUUCUGAACCUCUGAGAAAUUUAUUCAUACCAGUUUUCCUCAACUGUUGGUUGGCCAAGUCAGCAUUGGAGAAUAUGCUUAAUGAUCUCCACAGAGUAAUGCAGAAAAAUCAGUCAGCAUUGGCUCAGCAGUUAGUCAUUUUAGCAGUCACAAUAGCAUGUCUUAUAUUUACAAGUAUGUGUGGUAUACAACACAUUCAGAGGGCAGGCUACACACACAUGGAUUUAUUCCAGUCAUUCUGGUUUGUCAUCGUCACAUUCUCUACUGUUGGCUAUGGAGACAUAAGCCCAGAUAUCUGGCCAAGUCAACUCUUUACUACACUCCUUAUAGCAUCAGCUUUUAUAGUUCUACCAACACAGUUUGAACAACUGGCGUACACCUGGAUGGAGCGCCAGAAACAAGGGGGGACAUACAGCUCCCAUAGGGCUCAGAAUGAGAAACAUGUUGUUGUAUGUGCCACUACACUACACACAGAGAGCAUCAUGGACUUCUUAAAUGAAUUCUACGCCCACCCAAAAUUACAGGACUAUUAUGUUGUGCUGUUAUCUCCCUGUGAACUUGAACCCACCAUUAAGAUGAUAUUAUCAGUCCCUAUUUGGGCACAGAGGGUCAUAUACAUCCAGGGUUCUGUGCUGAAAGACUCUGAUCUAAAUAGAUGCAGAAUGCAAGAUGCCGAGGCUUGCUUUAUUUUGGCCCAGAGGAACUAUGCGGACAGGAAUGCUGCUGACCAGCAUACAAUAAUGAGGUCAUGGGCUGUCAGAGAUUUUGCCCCACACUGCCCACAGUAUGUCCAAAUCUUUAGACCUGAAAAUAAAUUCCACGUCAAGUUUGCAGAGCAUGUGGUAUGUGAGGAUGAAUUCAAAUAUGCUAUAUUAGCCAACAAUUGUCUGUGCCCUGGGGCAUCUACACUUAUAACACUAUUGACACAUACAUCAAGAGGAAGGGAAGGCCAGGAUUCUGAUUCAGAAUGGCAAAGACUUUAUGGCAGAUGCUCCGGGAAUGAGAUUUAUCACAUACAGCUGAAAAAUAGUAAAUUUUUCGGAGAGUACGAGGGGAAGAGUUUCACAUAUGCGUCAUUUCAUGCACAUCGGAAGUAUGGAGUCAGUUUGGUUGGAAUCCAAACAGAAAACAGUCCAUCUAUCCAAUUGAAUCCCGGACCUCGUCAUAUCAUGCAUGAGACCGAUACAUGCUUCUAUAUGAAUUUAACAAAGGAGGAGAAUUCUGCGUUCAUACUAGCACACCCAAAUCAGGAGAAAGACCAGCGAUUGGACAAGCUCAAGAUGGGUGAUGGGAAGGCUUAUUCAAAAGUAGCUAGUAUGAUAGCAAGCGUAGGUUCUAUUAUACUGGACUUAGAUAAAGUUGGAGUAGAUGAACCCCCUGUGGAGAGUGAACAGCUUGUCCAAAAUAUAGAUGGAGAUAAUGGGACUGUUGCCUUGGAGUUACAGCAUACGUCAGUUAAGCCUCGGUCUAUGUCGACGUCCAGUCAGAGUAAUAAGGAACCAUCGAAUAAACUAGAACUCCCUAAAGGACUAACUAUACAAAGCCUGGCAAAGAGGCCGAGUAUUGCACCUGUACCGGCCAUGUUAGAAGCAAUUGGUAUAGAAAUCAAUGUCGAGAGUGACAGUUCAGAGGACGAACCUGACGCACAAGAGGAAUUAUGGGAUGCCCCCGAUUCUGACUAUUACCGUGGAUUCCCGCGGGUGACCCCAUACAUAGGUACCAGCCCUACCCUGUGUCAUCUGGUUAGAGAGAAGCGUCCACUCUGCUGUCUACAGCUGUCACAGAUCUGUGAACACAACAACUAUCGUCAUGCAAAAGAAUACAACUGGAGUCAGCCAGUGACGAUCAUAGCCGCAGAUCACGCCAGUACGGGACUUUAUAACUUUGUCGUUCCGCUCCGAUCUCACUUCCUAGCCAAGGAAAAGCUUCAGCCUAUUGUUUUACUGUUGGAGAGAAAGCCAGAUCUUGUAUUCCUUGAGACAAUAUCCUAUUUUCCAAUGGUUUAUUGGAUGUGUGGAAACACUGAAUGUUUAGAUGACAUACUAAGAGCUGGCAUCAAUCUGUCAGAGAACAUUGUGUUCGUCAACAAAGAAAGUUCAAAUUCAACAGAAGAGGAAUUCAUGUCUGACUGUAAUACUAUAGUAGGAGUACAGACUAUAUUCAGGUAAGACAAAUACAUAGUGAAUAUCAAAUGGUUUCAUGGAUAUGUUUUUAUUCAUUAGUGAAUAUCAAGAGAACACAGCAUUAAGUG